AUGAUAAUGAAUCAAGGUGACAAAGAAGCUCAAAAGACAUCACUGAACAAAUAUGCUUUGGCUUGUGCCCUUGUUGCUUCAAUGGUAUCCAUUGUCUCUGGUUAUGAUACUGGUGUUAUGAGUGGAGCAAUGAUAUUCAUAAAAGAGGACUUGGGAAUCAGUGACACACAACAAGAGAUUCUAGCAGGAAUCUUAAACGUAUGUGCACUAGUAGGAUCCUUAACAGCUGGAAGAACUUCUGAUUACAUUGGUCGUCGCUACACAAUCUUCUUAGCCUCUAUACUCUUCAUCAUUGGUGCAAUUCUAAUGGGUUAUGGUCCAAACUACGCAAUUUUAAUGGUUGGAAGAUGUAUUUGCGGUUUAGGUGUUGGUUUUGCACUCAUGGUAGCACCUGUUUACUCAGCUGAAAUUUCAUCUGCAGCAUCAAGAGGUUUCUUAACCUCUUUACCUGAAAUUUGCAUUGCCCUUGGAAUUUUUUUAGGUUAUAUAUCAAACUAUUUGUUGGGAAAAUAUUUCAGUUUGAAACUUGGUUGGAGAUUAAUGCUUGGUAUUGCCGCUAUUCCUUCGCUUUUCGUAGCUUUUGUUAUUUUAUCAAUGCCAGAAUCUCCAAGGUGGUUGGUUAUGCAAGGUCAAUUAGGAAAAGCAAAAAAAGUUCUAUUACGAGUUUCAAACACAACACAAGAAGCUGAACUUCGUUUCAAGGAUAUUAAAAUUGCUGCUGGUUUAGAUGAGAAUUGCACCGAUGAAACUGUGGAAGUAACUCAAAAAUCUCAAGGUGAAGGAGUUUGGAGAGAGUUGCUUAUAAGACCAACACCUUCUGUGCGUUGGACAUUAAUUGCUGCUGUUGGAAUUCAUUUUUUCGAACAUGCAACCGGAAUCGAAGCGGUUAUGUUAUAUAGUCCAAGAAUUUUCAGAAAAGCUGGUGUUACAAGUAAAGAGAAGCUUUUGCUUGCAACAAUUGGUGUUGGAUUAACAAAGAUUAUUUUUCUAUUAGUCGCUUUGGUUUUGCUUGAUAAAGUUGGUAGAAGAAGGCUAUUGCAAGUGAGUGUUGGAGGAAUGAUUAUUGGGCUUACAACAUUGGGUUUUAGCUUGACUAUGGUGGAACAUGCACAUGAGAAGCUCUCAUGGGCUUUGACACUUAGUAUUAUGGCAACAUAUGUUUAUGUUGGUUUCUUUAAUGUUGGACUUGCACCUGUGACUUGGGUUUAUAGUUCAGAGAUUUUUCCUUUGAGGUUGAGGGCACAAGGAGCAAGUAUUGGAGUUGCUGUGAAUAGAAGCAUGAAUGCUCUUGUUUCAAUGACUUUUAUUUCUAUCUACAAAGCAAUCACAAUAGGUGGAAGCUUUUUCAUGUUUGCUGGGCUAUCUGUAGUAGCUUGGAUAUUUUUCUAUUUUUAUCUUCCUGAAACUAAAGGUGUGGCUUUGGAGGAGAUGGAGAUGCUUUUCACCAAAAAAUCUAAAGAGAAAAAUGUAGCAAUGGUGACUGCUCCAAUGCAUAGUGUCUAG